ACGCGGGGAGGGCCUGGCCGGGGCCUGCAGGGAGGGGCCGGGCUCGGGCCGGAGCCAGGGCCAGGCUCCCAGGAUGUUCACCCUGAGCUCCCGGAACUCUGUGAGCCCCGUGCUGCUGCUGGUGCUGCUGGGCUGUGUCCUGUGUCCCCCAGCACACGCCAGCAAGAGCUCUGAGGACAUUCGCUGCAAGUGCAUCUGCCCCCCGUACCGCAACAUCAGCGGGCACAUCUACAACAAGAAUGUGUCCCAGAAGGACUGCAACUGUCUGCACGUGGUGGAGCCCAUGCCAGUGCCUGGCAAUGACGUGGAGGCCUAUUGCCUGCUCUGCGAGUGCAAGUACGAGGAGCGCAGCACGACCACCAUCAAGGUGAUCAUCAUCAUCUACCUGUCGGUGGUGGGGGCCCUGCUGCUCUACAUGGCAUUCCUGGUGCUCGUGGACCCCCUGAUCCGCAAGCCAGACCCCUACACCCAGCCCCUGCACAAUGAGGAGGACAGCGAGGACACUCACUCCCUGGCCGCAGUGCCCGGCCUGCCAGGCGCCAGGGCCAACACGGUGCUGGAGCGGGUGGAGGGGGCGCAGCAGCGCUGGAAGCGGCAGGUGCAGGAGCAGAGGAAGACGGUGUUCGACCGGCACAAGAUGCUGAGCUAGGCCCUGCCGCAGCAGGACAGCCCGGUGUCAGAAUGGAACCUCCAGCCCUCCCUGAUCCACAUCUCCAGAGGGAGCAGCAGCCCCAAGGCUUCCCUGGUCGUGUCCCCUGCCCUUCCCCUGCCCAGCCAUGGGACUCCAUCAGCCCACCCCAGAGGGACGGGCUGGGAGCAGAGCGCUGGGAGCUGGCUGAGUCCUCCUGGGAUAAAAAUGGUGGGAGAAUUUUGAUGUGGGAUAAAUUAUGUGAUGUUUCUCCAGGAUGCAGCAACCACCUCCUCCUCCAGUAUGCACUGAUGGUCCUUGGGCAUUGUGGUGCUGAGCCACACAGGAACAAAGGGGAGGGAGUUUCUGCCAGUGCACACUGCCGCUUCUGCUUAUCCUGAUGUAAAUGGAGAGAUUUCCAUGCCUCUGGAGUCUGUCCAGGUUUACACCAGCAUAACUGAGACUGCAGCUUGCUUCUGGGCAUCUGGAUAUCACAAAACCUGUUAGUACCUACAUCAAUAAGAGUCCAACAGGUAAAAAGCUGAUUUACAUUUCUAUCUUUUUGCGCUUUACCUGUAGAUAAAAACUUUCUGGGGUGAAACCUCUUGAUUUGUACCCACACUGGUGACCCUUGGUGUUCUCCCACAGUGGGCAGGAGCAUUUGUGUCCAAGAGAACUGGGGCAAAGGCUCUCCUGGAGCACUGGAAACACCUUUCAGGGCCCUGGGAAGUGGACACUUGUGCCACUCAGAACACUCCAAGAGCUCUGACAGGACUUGGGCUGUGUGGAGGAAGCUGCAGUGGUUCUGCCGUGUGUAUUGAUCCCACUGAGAAUAUUUGAAGUUUAUGGUGUAGCACCUCCAUAUUAAAUGCAAAGAUCUAC